AUGUUUCUCAAUCUAUUUUCCUUGUGCCUACAUGGCAUUGAAAGUCAAUCGAUUAUUGAACCUUCGUUGAAAACAAUCUUUCAGCUCCGAAGCGCACAGUUCACAAAUGUUCCACAGAGAAAAUCACUUCGCAUUAUUUAUUUUCGCGAAUUUAGUCGACCUAUCAACGAGAGUUUCUUAACAUCUGAUAUACAGAAUUUCACGAGAACAUUUGCAAUUGAUUUCAAAUUGAAUAUAUUCGAUCAAAACAAAGCAUUUUCUAUGACGAAAUUAUGUUCAUUAAUAUCACAAGAACGACGUGAUACAAUACUUGUCGCAGAUUCAUAUACGAAAGAAAUUGAUCUAUUAUCUCGCUCACUGAAACUACCGACCAUCGCUUUGAUCAAUCGUUACCAACUUGUUCAAGGAAAACUACACAAUCCAUAUCUAUUCAAAUUAAUGCCAGAUGUCAUCGAGGAAGCCAAAGCAAUGGUCGAUGCCAUGGAUAAUCGCGCAGUCUACACUCGCAUUGCUUUAAUCUACGAUACAUCACUUGACAUGGUCGAGUAUCGUUUGUCAUAUCUUCGUCUUGCCAAACAAUACAUUAUCUAUCGUGCACAUCUACCACGCAUAUCAUUAUCAUAUGAACUACAUCGUGCAGCACGUGUAAUUAUAUAUGACUUAACUCAAAUUGAUACUGAUCUUAUCCUAUGCUUGAUGUCAACAGAACGUCAAUUACAAUUUCUUCGUUUAAUCAAAGACUAUGGUUCAGUAUCGACCGUACAAUUACUGUUGAACCGAACCAGUUGGUGGUUUGCUUCGCGAAUGAAUGAGCCGUUUGCUUUACAUUAUUUCCCGAAAGUUCAUACUGCCAGUGCAGAUCGUUCACGGACAUUAUCCCAUUUUCCAAGUACAAGCAUUAAACUUGUACUCAAUGCUGUUGUUAAAACUUAUGUUCGUGUAACAAAUAUUUCCUACCUAUCGUCGUUAUUUAUCGGUCCGUCCACCUGUGAUAGUCCGUUGGAGGGAUCACAAUUGAAGAAAACACAGAUAUAUAUCAAGUUAUUUACCAAUUAUACUGAGUGGAAUUGUGAAUUUCGUUUUGGAUCUGGUGUCGAUCCAUUAUUAUUUGAACCGAACACUUUGACUUGGCGUGUUCCAACUAUAUUUAUGGCACAUACAGAACACUCAUGUCAAGGUUUACUGACCCGGACAUUCUAUACUGGAACGAACAAUGCCGAUUAUUUCUUUCGUUCAUGCCGACCGAUGACAUCUCCACUGCGAAAAGGUUCGUUAUCACAAGAAAACGCAACGACACGAUCGUCAUCGAACGCUCUCGCUGAUAUCACACAGUUUCAUUCCAUGUUUGGAACAUUAUGGAAUGAUUUAACCACUGAAUGUCGUUUCAUAUCGAUGGAAAAGUUAUUGCAAACCUUGAUUAUUGUCGGUGUUGUUGAACCACCCUAUAUAUUCGUAUCUGAUGCACAAAUCUCAUCAGAUUUCCAUUGUAACUAUGGAAUACCUUGCUAUCAAAUCGAUCCUCCAUUGACAAAUCAAACAAUCGAUGCACUUUUCUUCCAUUCCAAUAAUCAUUCGCCACCACAUUGCUGCUACGGAAUAUCGAUCAAUCUUUUACUACGCAUGGAAGACUUGAAUGUGAUAUCAGCGUUGAAAAUGACGAAGUUAUUCGUUUUUGCCGAUAAACCGAACAAAUGGUUAGCACUGAUUCAAACUUUACAUAAUCGUCGAGCACAUCUAUCAAUAUCAGCUAUUCCAUACGAAUCAUUUCUGGCGCGUUCAUUGGAAUUAACUCCACCGUUUUAUCACUCGUCAUAUGUUAUUUUGUCUGCACCAGCUAUCAAACGACCAUCUUUAGGAGCUUUUCUGCAGCCGUUUUCGUGGACAACAUGGUGUAUGAUAUUUCUAGUACUAAAUGCCACAGCUUUGUUUGAAAUCUUUUUUGAAUGGCAUAGUCCUUAUGGUUUAACACCGAAAGGUCGGCGUCGACAUAAGGUGUUUAGUUUAGCAUCCGCAUUAACAUUAAGUUGGUCCAUAGUCUUUUCACAUACAUUUAAAACAAAAUCGCCCAAAUGUUGGUCUAAUCGAUUCCUCGGAAAUGUUUGGGGUGGCUUUGGUAUUGUUUUUAUUGCUAUCUAUACGGCUAAAUUGGCUUCUUUUAUGGUUGAAAUCGAUGAAGCACAGUCAGAAACGAAAGUCCAGGAUGUAGUUAAAUACUGUGUUACAACACGGAAAUGUAUUGUUGGUGUUGUUGCGAAUACAAGCGAUGAAGAAUACAUGCGAAACUUCUUUGCUAAUACACUUUAUCCUUAUUUAAAUUAUGUUCCUUCGUAUGCACAAGGUAUUGAAUCAUUACGAAAUCGCUCGAUUACGCAUCUAUUUAUGGAUCAUUCAAUGGCACGAUACUAUUUGACUCGUGAAGUUUUCAAAGCUAUUCGAAGCAGUGAGGAUAAUUUCGGCACAUUUGGUUUGUCGUUAGGAUUUUCUAAAGUCGAUACAGAUUUCAAAACGAAUAUCACAAAUAUCCUACUGUCUUACGUUGAUAAAGGUAUCAUUCAGCGUUUGCAUGAUGAUUGGUAUGUUUAUGAGAACUGUGAAACGAAACGAUUGACCGAAAACCGCAUGUUACCAGUUGAACGAUUGAUGGGUGUAUUUAUUCUAUUAGCUGCUGGAAUGGUAGUCGGAGUGAUCAUACUCGGAUUGGAAUGGCUUACUUUCAAAUAUGGUGUGCCAUAUUGGCGAAAGCGACAGUCAUCCGGCUGGAUGUUUUGUUCACAACGUUUAUAUGCUGCUGUCAACGCAUCGAAUGAAAUAUACAGUGAAGCGUAUCGCACGUCAAAAACUCAGUCAUUUCGACAUAUUGGAGAGCGUCUUCAUAAUCAUGCUAGCCGAAGCGGCAGUCUGAAUUUACGCGUUGUCGAUGUUCCAAAGUUAUUAUGUACAACUUAUCAAUUGAAAGAGCAGAUGAACAAAUACCAUGAACAACAAGAACAAGAACAACUUGAUUCAUCAAUUUUACCACCGAAUGGUGAUAUAUGCUGUUUAUCAGAGUCGAAUGGCGGUGAAGAAGAGCAAAAAUUGAUUCAAACACGUAUUGACGAACUCGAGAAAGAAUUAGAUCAACUAAAAUCUCAACUAAUCAAAUUCGAUAAUGAUUAA